AUGGAAUCUACAGCAGUGAUCCAGUCAAACAUAAUCCCACCAACACAUAGAAUUGUUUUUGAUGAUAUCGUCAAAGAUAAAGGUCAAAUCUUGCAACUAUUAGAUAGACGAAAAGAAAUAUCGGUUGCUACUGAUCUUUUUCUUAAUUCAUUAUUUUAUUCAACGAAUCUUGCUUCUGCUGCAUCUAUCGAACACAUUCUUAAAUCAAAACAACUUGAAGUUUCAACUAAAAAAAUUCAAUCUAUACAUACAUGCAUCGCGCAACAUGUUCAUUCUGAACCAAUCUAUGAACAAAUAGAAAUUACCGAUGAUGAAAGUGAUAUCGAAGAAUUUGAUCCAAUGCUAUUUUCAUCACCCUCAAAUAGUAUCAACAACAGUGAUAUUGAAAAUCCUACUCAGAUCUUAGAAGCAAGAAUGAGUGCAAGUAAACAGGCAAGAUCCAAAGAAACAAAUAUUGUAACACAAACUGAUCUUAUUCAAUUAACAUAUGACGUGAUAAAUGAGGAAUCUUCAACAACAAACAAUGAAGAUGGACUAAAUUUGAAUUUCAUGUUUAACAACGAACAAUCUGUAACUAUUCUUACUUAA